CGCUCCCGCCCGGCAGGUCUCGCUCCCGAUCCGCAGGCCCUUCCCGGGCCAUCUCGGCCCCAGGGUGUGUAGGGCUGGACUCUCCAGGCUCCGCGACUGUGGUCCGGCCUCGCCCCAGGCACUGCGCUCGGAGCCAGGCGGCUACGGGGUCCCUGGAGGGCUGAGUUCCUCGCUGCCCCGGGCUGUGUCCCCACAGACUGACAGCGAGGGCUCUGUGCUCACUUCUACCUGAGUGGCUUCUGUCGGUGCUUCUGUGUGAAUAUGGUGCAGAAGUACCAGUCUCCUGUCCGCAUCUACAAGUACCCAUUCGAGCUGGUCAUGGCGGCCUACGAGAAGCGCUUCCCGACCUGCCCGCAGAUCCCUGUCUUCCUGGGCAGCGAGGUCGUGUUCGAGUCCCGCAGCGCCGAUGGCGCGGUGCACGUGGUGGAGCGGAGCUGCCGGCUGCGCGUCCACCCUGAGAAUGAAGAGUGGACUUGCUUUGAGCAAUCUGCCUCGCUCGACAUCCGGUCCUUCUUUGGUUUUGAAAGUGCCUUGGAGAAGAUCGCCAUGAAGCAGUACACAGCCAACGUCAAGAGGGGGAAGGAGGUGAUUGAACAUUACCUGAAUGAGCUCAUCUCCCAGGGCAUCUCUCACAUUCCCCGGUGGACGCCUGCCCCGGUCCGAGAGGAGGGCGCCCGCUCCCAGGCUGGGCUGGGAGAUCCCGGCUCGCUGGAGGUCCAUGGGCCCAGAAGCACCCAGGGCCCCGCUGAAGAGAUGGAUGGUACGGAAGGGGACAAGCUGGACGCAGACUACAUUGAGCGGUGCCUGGGCCAUCUCACGCCCAUGCAGGAGAGCUGCCUGAUCCAGCUGCGGCACUGGCUGCAGGAGACACACAAAGGCAAGAUUCCCAAAGACCAGCACAUCCUUCGGUUCCUGCGGGCUCGUGACUUCCACCUGGACAAGGCCCGGGAGAUGCUGUGCCAGUCCCUGAGCUGGCGAAAGCAGCACCAGGUGGACCUUCUCCUUCAGACCUGGCACCCCCCUGCCCUCCUGGAGGAGUUCUAUGCGGGGGGCUGGCACUACCAGGACAUAGCAUCCUGCGUGGGCCACAUGGACACGAAGGGCCUGAUGAAGGCCGUGGGGGAGGAGGCGCUGCUGCAGCAUGUUCUCUCCGUCAAUGAGGAAGGCCAGAAGAGAUGUGAAGGGAACACCAGGCAGUUUGGCCGCCCCAUCAGCUCCUGGACCUGCCUGGUAGACCUGGAAGGGCUCAACAUGCGGCACCUGUGGCGGCCGGGGGUGAAGGCCCUCCUGCGGAUGAUUGAGGUGGUGGAGGACCACUACCCCGAGACGCUGGGCCGGCUGCUCAUCGUGCGCGCCCCCCGCGUCUUCCCUGUGCUCUGGACGCUGAUCAGCCCCUUCAUCAAUGAGAACACCCGGCAGAAGUUCCUCAUCUACAGUGGCAGCAAUUACCCCGGAGGCCUUGUCGACUACCUGGAUAAAGACGUGAUCCCCGACUUCCUUGGGGGGGAAUGCCUGUGUAAUGUCCCCGAAGGAGGGCUGGUCCCCAAGUCCCUCUAUCUGACGGAAGAGGACCAGGAGCAUACAGAACAGCUGCACGAGUGGCGAGAGACCUACCAGCCGGCCAGUGUGCUCCGCGGGGCUCCCCAUGAGGUUGCGGUGGAGAUUCUGGAGGGGGAAUCAGUCAUCACCUGGGACUUCGACAUCCUACGAGGGGAUGUGGUGUUCAGCCUGUGCUACGCUAAGCAGGCCCCCCAGGCGGGCCCCCGGGAGCCUGGGGCCAGGGCCAGCGGGCAGCUGAUGGACAAAGGGGGGACCCAGGGUGCAGAUUACAGCCCUGUGGAGGCCCCCCUCAUCUGUCGGGAAGGGGAGAGCAUUCAGGGCUCCCACGUGACCCGGUGGCCCGGCAUCUAUCUGCUCCAGUGGCAAGUGCAUGGCCCCCCUGGCAAUGUGGUGGAGGACGUCCUGACGCCCCUGCACAGCCCUGGCCCCAGGUGCAAACUCCUCUACUACUAUGAGGUGCUGGCGUCUGAGGACUUCAGGGGCUCCAUGUCCAGCCUGGAAUCCUGCACCAGCCGUUUCUCCCAGCUCAGCGCCACCACCUCCUCCUCCUCCUCCAGCCAGUCUCACAGCAGCUCCCUGGUCUCCAGAUAGCCAGGACUGAGCCCCGCGGGGCAGCCCACACGCCUACCGCGUCCUCAAGCGUCUACCACCAGAAGCCAGCUUGCCGUGCGACCUGGGACCACGUGGUCUGUAGCCUGGGUCUGGACGCUGCCAAAGUUGGCAUGUUGAGCUGACAGCAAUGAUUCAGCUUGUGGCUGAGUGUGGUGGGAGCCUCUAAGUCAGAACCAUCUCCUUUGCGCUUUGUGUAACGAAAAGCCAAGGAGUGGGGGGGCCACCUUAAGUCUGCCUGUUCUGGCGGCUCAGGGAUGUCAUGAGGCUCAGCCCGCCCUUUCCUUCUGCCUCUGCUUGCCCUGGGAUGGCCUCCUGCUCAGGUGCCUUCCCCACGGCCAUGAGGCCCCUUCCCUCUUUCCUCCCAGCUCAGCUCCAGAAGAGAACGUCCUUCUCCCAAAGUUUCUCUAAUCAGCCUGCCGGGGGCCCUGCUGGUCCCUGAACCAAUCACUGUUGCCAGGGAAAUGGAGAACACUAAUUGGCCAGCAGGGGUCUAUGUCCACUCCGGACUAAUCACUGUGUGGGGAGCGGGUACAGUGAUUGGCCAUCUGGACCACCUGCUUGUGCCUGGAGCCAACCGCCCGGCCUGAAAAGCACAAAGGGCUUCUAAGAAUAUGGGGGUCCCCCAAGAAGAAGGGGGGAAAUACUGGGCAGGCAGAAAUGACGUGUGCUCAUCAUGGCAUCUGAUUGCAUAGUGAGGCCCUGUGUCCCAAGACAGGUACAGAGAGCAGUUAUAUGAGUUACAGGCUUUGCUUUCUGUGGGGAGCAGCCCACUCUGGACUUGAAAUCCAUUUUCCUAGCACUUGGCUGGGAGGGCCUCCCCCUGACCAGCCCUAACCUGAAGAGAAUGGGAAGGUGCGGGGUUUCUGCUAAGUUUCAGGCUGUUGAAUUCUCUCCUGGGA